AUGAAGACAUUUUUGUGGUUAUCACUUGUGGUUGAGAUUUUCCAAAUCUCUUUUAGUGAGGCCAUCGAUCGAUGCCAUUCAGUGGAAUACUCUGUUUUUGGAAUGUUCCUCAAGGGCCACACGUUUAAAACGGCAAAGGUUGGGUUGCCAGAGGAAUGCUAUUUUAAAUGUCAGGAUGAAUUCACCUGUCAGAGCUACAAUUAUUUUAUUAGUGAGAAAGUUUGCGAACUUAAUAACCGAACAAGAGAAGCAAGACCAGAGGAUUUUCUUCCAGACCGGAGUCGAUUCUACAUUAAACGUCUGAGUGACCGAGGUACGUUUGGAUUCCACUUUCUUCUUUCUCCUCCGUUACUGAAUAUAUUUGAAUAUAAAAUGUGGGCACGUAGAUAAUUCUCUUAAUUCAGGUGUAGCUCUUGAUGGAUGUGUGCUAAUUGCUUUGGGCUUGUGUCCUCCUCCUCCUUCGUAUGAGCUACAAUGUAACGUGAGGAAACGUGAGGCAUUUCGGACAAGCUUACGCUGUCGUAAGGGCAGCAGUUUAAGUUCUUGACCAUCUAAAUCACAAUAGCGACGUUUCAUUGCUGUUCAUCUUAAUACGCUGUUGUUUUAAAUGGAUGAUGUCGAAAAAAUAAGAACAUAGUUAUCGUAUGAAAAAAUAACUAACACCAGGGUAAAAAUAAAUUUGUUUUUAGUCAAAAAGUAUAUUUUCAGACGUGAGCUGUUGGGUAUCAGUUUUAAUUCGUUGGAGAAAAAAGCUUCUGUUUCGACCAAAAAAAAAUUUCAACCAAGGAACGCAUUCUGAUGAAAAUAUUGUUAUCGUUGUUGCGUGAUAUGAUGUGACGAUAACAAGUGUAUGCUGAAAGCUAAGCCGAAGCGUAUAGAAGUAAGAUUUAAGAUUUUAUGGCGAUUAGCAGUAAGUUGGGUUUGUGUCGAGUUUACGUUUCUGAUAAAUGUCACUCCUUCGCUUGAAGUUCCUCUUGGAUCUAGUCAAGAGCUUCCGGCUGAGUCGUGCAGUGAGAUCAAAGCCAGUGAAGGAAAGGAUAUGGCUGAUGGAGAUUUCUGGAUAUACUCAGAUGGAACUGAUCACGUGAUCAAAGCUCGCUGUAAAGGCAAGACUUCUAGAGCAACAGACUUAAAAGAGAAAAAGAAGAGCAUUGUCUCUUAGAGAGACAGACAGAUACCCAGUCACACGAACAGUCAGCCAAACAGACAAAUAGACGGACAGACAGAUAGUUAGUCAUUCAGUCAGUGCGACAGACAGAGACACACCGUCAGACAGACAAAUACACUGACAGCCAGAGGGACAGACAUACAGUCGGACUGACAGCUAGGUAAACGGACAGACAGACUUAUAGCCAGGCAGACAGACAGUCAGUCAGACAGAAAUAUACACAGAGAGCCAGACGGACAGAUAGACUACCGGACGGUCAUACGGACAAACAGAGAGCCAUACAGUCAGGAAGACAGUCAGAAAGACAGACAAAAUUCAGACAGACAGACAGUCAGUCAGUCAGACAGACAAAAAUACACACAGUCAGACUGACAGUCAUACAGACAGACAUAGUUAGACAGACAGAGAGAUAGUUAGACAGACAGACAGAUUAUCACUGAUGAUGAUGUUAGGCCAUUUUUUCUCAAAAAAUCCCAGGAAACUGGCAGAAGAUGAAUACAGAUCCAGUGUGCUUUGGAGCACGAGACAACCAACAUGGUACAUUUCACGUCCCAAAGAGUGGCCAGAUUAAAGCAAUGAAGCUGAUCCACAGAUCGGGUUCCAUACGCUGUAACCGAGUUGACGAGCCAUCUUACUGGGGCUGCAGAUAUUCACUCUACGGCAACAAUUACUUUAUGACAAUUAUUACAAAUGGAAAUAAAAAAUCAUUAUUUCCACCUUUGGAAAAUUUGAUGGCCUUUAAAUCUGGAAGCAAUCACCAGUGUGGCAGCAAAAAACACUUUUACAAUCCGUUCGGAGUUGGUCAUAAAUCGAAGGAGCUUGAAUUUAGUCACCUAGUUGAUCCCUUAUCUGUUUCACGCAAGGAAGAGCUCCAAAUAUGGUAUGGACAGGAUUGGAUGGAUUGUUCAGAGAGCAAAAAUACAGGCCAAACUUGUGUUGAUGUGUUCGCCUGGUAUGUGUGA